GGGAAAAAAAAGAACAUAUUAUGCAAUUUCCCCUUUGUUUAGGUAAUUUAUAUUUUUGGCCAAAUAUUUCCUUCCAUUGUAAACCAUGGUUAACGCGAAAAAUUCUCCCCUUGCGGGUUCUGCUUCUGCAAGCAAUUGGCCGUCAGGUGAUACUGGAAAUCUGCACUCGUCAGAAUGCUUCCCCAGACGAGGGAAGAAAAUGGUUAGCAAUAGUGUUCAUUCAGCUUUGGCAUGUGAUGACAUCCUCACUGAAAUCCUCCUUCGUUUGCCAGAGAAAUCUGUUUUCAAAUUUAUUCUUGUGUCCAAAAGAUGGCUGUACUUGAUUUGUAAUUUUUCUUUUCGUCGUAGUUAUGAAAAGCAAUGGGGUGCACACACUCGUCUUUUUGGGUUUUUUGUAUGCAAUUUUCUUUACAUUGACAGACCACAAGAUGGGGUGAGGCGCCCUCGGUAUGAGCCUGCUCUACCUCUACUUUCAACUUGUCAAGAGAGUGAUGAUUUAAUUUCAUCUGGAAUCUUAAGGAAACUUGGCUAUUUUAUUGACUACUCUGAUGGGCUUCUUCUCUGUGGCCGGCACCCUAAACAUUAUUAUGUCUGGGAUUCCGUCACUAAGUACCGAUGCCAACUUCCUCAACCUCAAAAGCACUACAAAUAUCUUUGUACUGCAUUCAUGACAGAAGACCCUGGCGAAGGUGGCGGAGAUAUAGUAUAUAGAGUUGUUCGGGCAAACUGUGAAUGCAGAGUUGAUGUAAUUAACACCAUCUCCAUAGAGACUUUCUCCUCACGGACUUGGACGUGGAAGCAAUCUACUCUUGUCUGUUCUUCAGAUUUUGCUUUGAGCCCGUGGACAGUAGGUACUGUGAUUAAUGGAGUUAUCCACUGGUUUGGAACAUAUCGAAGUUUAGCCAUUUAUGAUCCCGGAUUUGGAGAAAGGCGCAUAAUUUCAAUCAAGCUACCGGUCGGUCAGCUGACUCAUGACUAUGAGGACUCCAUUUUAGGAGUGUCAUCCGAUGGGCUUUUGCAGUAUGGUCAAAGUGGGAAGCUUGGUUUGGAGACGUGGGUUCUGUACAAGGAACAAGAUGACUCCUCAUCACCGUACACCAUGGGUGCUCAUUGCGAGUACCGGUGGAAGUUACUACACAAAUUAAGCUACAAAGAUAUGUGGAAGCAGAACCCAAAUUCAGGUAUUCGCUCUAAAGAAUCUCAAAUACUAUCAUUCGUUGGUCGAAACUCCGACUCUGUUUUCAUUAGGUUGGGUUCAAACAUCUACCAAUGUAACAUCAGAAGCAAAACAUUGGAAGUGAUUCCCUAUCAUUAUGAUGUUGUUCCUGUUCCAUGGGAUUUUUGUAAAGUAGUGCCUUACUUUCAAAAGAUUUGGCCCCAUUCCCCUUUCCUCAUCUCCCCAAACACAGUUAAGCAGCUACUUUGAGAUGCUUGUUCUGUUACCAUUUUCUACUAUUGUUAAUGAUGGUUAGGAGGUUGUCCUUUUUUGUUA